UUGGAACCAGAAUGCCGGUUACCAUGGUAACAUUACGCUAUGAUUUAUUGGGGAGCACGAAGUUUAGCAAGUCUUGAAACUAAUGAGCUACGAUUAUUAAUUAGCAGUUAGAACGUGUCAUGUUCAAGCAAACAGAGUUUCUGCAGAGGGGACCAAACGUGGUGUCAUCUAGCCAUCACCCCAGAGAGCAUCAGCAGCUUGAGAAGGCUCCUGCACACCUGAGGCCCCUCUGUCUCCAAGAGAAGGCAACAAGGUUGAGUGGAGCACACUGGUUUCACAGCACAUGGAGAUAACACGGCCUCUUCGUAAUUGUAACAGCAAAUCAGGGAUAUCUUCAGAAAAGUUUAACAACGUUUCAUUGAUGAAAGAAACAAAUGAAUCAGAGACGCGUAGCGCAUCCUACAGGCAUUCACCGACGCCGUUCGACUCUGCCUGCUCCCCGAGACGCAUUGGCUCAGGAGACCGAGCUCUCGUGACAAACUAUACAUCUGAGAUGAUAGUCGAUUUGGGGAAUACGGUGGACAGACUGAGAAACACUCUGGUGUCACUGGAGGAGGACAACCUGAGCCUCAACAAGAAGAUAAGAGAAAACACGACGGAAGACCGCCCAUCUUUGGCCAAUCACAAUGUCUUAAGCUCAACAAGUGGCAACAAUUCACAGGAACGCCCAUCUUUGAUCAAUCACAAUGUCUUAGGCUCAACAAGUGGCAACAAUUCACAGGAAAUGGCUGGUGAUCACAGUCCCGCCUUCAAACUCAAUACCCACACUGUCACUUUCAACAUUGCCAAAACAUACCCAGAAAGUCAGAGGCAAGAUACACCAUCCAAGAUAGAGGAGACUAGGAUGAGAGAGAUGCUCAAAAUGGAGAGCCUAUCCUUGGAGGACAGGUGCGUUCACUUGGAGAAGGAGAAACAGGACUUGCGGAGGAAGCUGCGGAAGACGGAGGACUACUGCAAGGAGUGCGUCCGCGAGCUCAAGAGGAUCCUUCCAAAGUACGAGGACCUCAAAGCAUGGAAUAAAACCCUGGAUAAGCGCAACAAGCAGCAGGCCGCAGAGAACCGCAGACUCGUCAACGCUCUUGAGGCUGAGAGCCAGGCAGGGGAGAGAUCCGGGGAUCCCAGCCUGGUUCGGGAGCCCAAAGAAGGGGAUGGUGACAACCGGGUGUGGGUUCAACUGGAGAGGGCCAACGAUCGCUGCACCCAGCUCACCCAGGAGAAGGGGCAGCUGGAGGACCGAAUGGACUCGCUGGCAAGGGAGGUCAGCCGGCUCACGAACGAGCUGGAUAUGAGCUGGGCUGAACUCCAUCGGCUGGGGGUCAGGUGUAGAAGCUCCCUUGAGGGGAGCACGACUAGGGACGGCAGCCCUCUGGCCUCGUCGGGCAACAAACACCAACACCUAGCCGAAUGCAUCCUAGACAGCGUGGGGAAAGAGCGCAAGGCCCUGUCGGGCUCCGUGGCCCAUCUCAAAGAGGAGAACAAGACACUACGAGAGAACCUCAAGCAGAGCGUCAAGAGGGGUGAGGAGGCAGAGGGCGGAGCCAAGCAGCUGAAGGGAUUGCAGGCCAUGUUAGAAAGCUGCCUGCUCACGGUGCAGCAGGAGAAAGACCUGCUAAUGCUGGAGGUACGGCAGCUCCACCAGGAGUACAUUGAUCUCAGCAGUAGCAUCUCGCUGCAGCUGAGAGAGAGGAGCCCCGUCACCACUGCCAGGAUAUUAGCAGGGUCACAUGAGGUGAUUGAUGAUGGAGCCAGGCAGCAAGAGAGUCCAAGGCAGCCUCUGAACAGCAGCCCUAUUACCAGAGAAAUGCUGGAUGGCCCUGUAGGCGGAGAGGCAAUUGACCAUAUAAGGAAGCGUUUCGAGGAGCAGAGAGCCCAGAGGUACAAAAACAUCAUCAAUCAGAAUGAAUGAGGCUGUAGCUGGAUCAGUCGGCCAGGCAGACUGGGUGUUGACCUCUACCUCCCGUACCACGACCUGUGUGACAGAGGAGUCAGGAGGAGUCAAACAUACUGUAGCUUAUCGUAGAGCUCUCUGCACCACUUUACCAACAAUGUGCCCGUCACAGUCAUGUACCAUAUGCACAGUAUAGAUUUUAAUUCCCUGAUUAUAUUAUGCUUUUCAAAUUAUUUUGUCAGUGUUAUCAUUUCUGAUGUUAUUUACUUGAGAAUUCGAACUACUGUAGAUAACUGACAUAUCAAGGCUUGGGACGAUGCCAGUAUUACCAUACUCGUUAGUAAUGUUGCAAGGAAACAAAACAUGAAGUGGAUUUCACUUCUUUACGAAAACCGCUUUGAUGUUGGAAACAAACAUCAUUAUGUUGUCAUCCAGAGUCACAUGUAUUUAUUUUCCAAGCUAUAGCACAUAAAAUGUUAUAUAUAUAACAGGUUUUUAAAGGACCAAAGAGUUUGGUCUGCUUCAUGUUUUAAUUUCUGUCAUGGGGAAAAAAUAUUGUGAUAGCGGUCAAAGGCACUGCAUCUCGGUGCACGAGGCGUCACUACAGUCCCUGGUUCAAAUCCAGGCCGAAUCACAUCCGGCUGUGAUUGGGAGUCCCGUAAGGCGGUGCACAAUUGGCCCAGCGUCGUCUGGGUUUCACCGGGGUAGGCAGUCAUUGUAAAUAAAAAUGUAUUCUUAACUGACUUGCCGAGUUAAAUAAAAAAAAUCAUCCCGGACCUAUUUGUUGCUGUUGUGGAUCACAUGCCCCAUGUAGUUUCAGUUGGAGAAGGUCUGGAUAUUUUUGGACAGUAGGGGGAGCUGUUGUAUCAUUCAUGAGACACCUCUCUAUUGGGAUCUAUUAGACCUCAACAGCCAAAAGGUUUAACCAAAAGGGGUCAUCACAGUUUAUGUUGGUAGUAUGUAGUCUGCUGUAUGCAUCAUUCAUUCUAACAUGUCUAAUCAACAUCCAUUGGGCAUUACAAUCCAGUUGGUGAGGUUUUAUAUUUGAUUCCCUUGUUUAUAGGCAGGCCUAGUAUUGUAGUGUUUGCUAUUUUGCACCCAAAGACCCAAUAAGUCAGAUGGAAACCCACCAUUUUGAGUUAACACUUUAUUUGGAUAAUCCAUAUGUAGAUGCUCUACAGACUAUCUACUAACCCUAACCGUAACCCUUACCCUAACCGUAACAACCCUUACCGUGGCAAGCAGUUGCUUAUCAACGGAUAGUAUAACGAUCUGCAGAGAUUCUACAGAUGGACUAUCUGCAUUAUCCUAAUAAGGUGUGACCCCUUUUGACUCCUUAUGGUUACACAGAUGGAAGAUGAGCACAUUAGGAUUCUGUAUACCCCGCUAGCCAUGCCAUGCUAAUCAUUGGAUGGCUUUUGUGGGACUAUAUGACUCACAUCUCAGCGUGUCUUGAGGCUUUCAUUCUUGUCCGUUACCCAUCUGUCUGGCAGUAAGAGUUGUUGUGUUGCAUUGUUGUCAUCAGGCCACUUAUGCUUAGCUACUCCUGCCAACUUUAGUCUAUUUAGUCAUUUCAGGAAGAAAGAACCCCAUUCUUUGACAGAAUCAAUACAUAUUUCUUUGUCUCCCCCCGAAAACACGUUUUACUUUCUGACUUGUCCCAUUUGUCUGGCAGAAAGAAAGAUGUAUUGCAUUGUCAUCAGGCCACUUAUCCUGAGCAACUUUAGUCUAUUGAAUAAUUUCACAAAGUAAAAACUCCAUCGUUUGACAGAAUCAAUACUUUUUUGUUAUGUCUCCCGGGAAAAAUAUUUUUGACCUUCAUGACAUUCAUUCUCUCACUGAUACCUCACUGAUGUAACUGCUGCUGUCAUUACAUGCUACAGUCAGCAUGUGAGUCAUUAAAUAAUUAUUUAAUGUCUAUCUGUCGUAAGAAAAUAUUAUAUGGGCAUUUGAUAUUGAUUCUGUUUCACAAAUACUCAUACUAGCCUAUAACUCGCAUUCUGUCAAUGGAUUCAUAGGCUUUGACUUCAAAAUGUUAGAUGGAUGGAAAGCCAAGCGGUAAGUCAUCAACUUCACUGCUUGCAUCCUAAUGUGAUUCCGUAGUGAACACAGACCGUAUCAAAGGGAAAAUGACAUGCGUCUUAAACCACAUUGCUCAUGUCCUUCAGACUUGAUUUAGAACGGGGGGCAGCUCCCCCCCCCCCCCCCCACGGGCUCCGCUCUCUGUAAGCCGCAGGUCAAUAACUUUCGACAGCCUGAUAAACCAUUAUUGGUUUACGUGCUGAAUGGUCCAUGAAUGAGUUACUAAAAACAGAGGCAUUGAACCAAUCCCCGCCACACAACCGCAGUGAUGGGCUAAGAAACAGGAAGAAAGGACAGCCUCUUAAAUGAUCCAGAAAUAUAGUGAGGACAUAUUCUAGCGGUAAUGAGACUGUUUGCUGCAACCAAAGGCGAGGGAGGGGUUCCGGAUCUGUCAUGGACUGUCUAAUAAUAUAGCGUACAUAUAAUUGUGCCAGAGUUGCGAUAUACACUGAGUGUACAAAACAUUAGCAACAUCCUAAUAUUGCGUUGCACCCCCUUUUGCCCUUAGAACAGUCUCAAUUUGUCGGGGCAUGGACUCUA